AUGUCCGCCGCAAAAUAUGCCAACCUUCCAGACAUCGAUACCGCACAAGAUGUCUACGAAACGGCGGAUCCAGAAGCGUUGACGCAGACCAGAGACGCCGGAUCAGACGACGAAUCAAAGCAAAAGACGGCGGCAGAGGGUCCAAGUACAGAGGAAUUGGAUCCAAGCAGUCUUCUGUCAGCAAAAGAAGCUCACAAGGUGUUCCGAAAGGCUGAAAAGCGACGAGCACGCGCAGUAUACAGCUAUCCACGUGGCUCGGAUGAAUCAUCGGACUCUGAUUCUGUUCCGCCGACAUUGCGUUCGCGCGGCAAACACUCGUCUCAAUUCGAGCGACUACUCGCUAUCAAGCAGGAGCUCGCAGCGCUAGAAGCGGAGCUAUCUCGGCCGGGAGGAGCGUCUUCACCUCCUGAAGGAUCAGUGACGAGUCCAACCCGCAAAAAGGCGGCAAACGGCAAGUCAAAGGCGAACGAGGACCCGACGGAACUCUUAAAAGGCGUCCAUGAUGUACGCGUGAGACUCGAGAGAAUAGGCAGCGGCAAGGAUAAUCGUGAACGCUUACUCGAAGCUGUCGUCAACGGGAACAUUAAACGACCAGCUUCGCCACCUCACAGUCACACCCUCUCUCAUAGCCAUACCAACAUUCUCGGAAAUCCACUCUCACCCCAACUUCAUUCACCCGGGCUACACCGACGAGAAGGAAGCUUGCACCGACGCGAGGGGAGUUUCAGCGGCAGCCAAAAUGUCGGAGCUAAGGAAGAAGUAGACCCCGGGAUCACAAAACUCGAUUCACGCGUCGGCGAGUUGGAGCGACUCGUUGGGAGUGGGAGUGCAGCGCUAGACGAAACCACGCCCCUCCCUCCACCAUUACUCCCCAUGCUCACAAGACUCAACACGCAGCUGACAAUCCUCACACAACCACGUACUAUCGAUUCGAUCUCGCGGAGACUAAAGUUGUUGUUGACAGACAUGGACCGCGUCGUCGCGCAGAACCCCGCCGCGGCCUCGACUGCACAAGGAGGUGGAGCGAACAAGGGUACAGGUGCAGCUGGAUCUGGAGCAACUACAUCGGCGAUUCAAGAGCAAAUCACUCCAAUUCUCCAGCGACUCGCUCCACAUCUCCCGACUCUCCCACAUAUCCUAGCUCGCCUAAAGACACUCUCCACCCUUCAUGCGGCUGCAGCGGAUUUCCAGCGUGGUGUGGAACAGCUAGAGGCGCAGCAAGCGCGGAAUCGAUCAUCGCUCAAUGAUCUCGACGCGGCUGUCAAGGCACUCGAGAAGAGCAUGCAAGACAAUGCUGAAGUGGAAAAAGGAAAUGUCAGCAAGCUCGAAGCGAAUGUCCAGCAGCUGCUCCAACGACUAGAGCGCUUAGAGCACCCAUAA